AUUGGUUGGAUGUGGUACUUGGAGAUGUUGAGCUGGCUCCUUCCCCCCAUGUCCCUGCACACACACAGGGGCGGGUGGUGCGGGCGGGAGAGGGAGGCAGCGCUCAGCCCCGGCGGUGCCGGCGGGGUUACCCCCAGUCCCUGCCUGCCCGCCACCGUCCCCGAACCGCUCCUGCUGUUGGGCUGCUGCCUGCGGCCUCAGGACCCGACCGAACCGGGCCGAGGGGAACGAGGGCGGCUGCUGGAGGCGGCCGAGAUGAUGGCGGAGGGCAGCGGUGGGCAGGCGCGGAGAAAGGCGCUGUCCCUGCUGGAAGCGGCCCGAUCCCGUUACGAGAGCCUGCAGAUUUCUGACGACGUCUUCGGGGAAUCGGGCCAGGACAGCAGCGGGAACCCUUUCUACAGCACCUCGGCUGACUCCCGCUCCGCUGCCUCUUCCCAGGAUGAGGAGGAGGAGGACGAAGAGGACGAAGGGCGUCCCCAAGGGCCCAGCCCGCGGGGUCGGGCGGUUCGGCGCCGCGUCCCCAGGGUUGCGGUCACCCCGGCGGAGCGGCGGAGGCAGCGGCAGAGCGGCGGCAGCGCCGUCCCGGGCGGCCCCGGCCCUAUGGAGGAGGAGGAGGAGGAGGAAGCGGAGAAGGGGGGUUGGACCCGGUCGCUGCGAGAUGUCCCACCCCCUCACUUCAAGGAUGGAAGCGGUCCAACACGAAAAAUGCCCCUGACUGCCAGUGCCAUGGACUUUUUUCAGCUCUUUGUCCCUGACAACGUGCUAAAGAACAUGGUGGUCCAAACCAACAUGUAUGCCAAGAAGUACCAGGAGAGGUUUGGCAGUGAUGAAGCCUGGAUUGAUGUCACCUUGACAGAAAUGAAAGCCUUCCUGGGCUACGUGAUCUCAACCAGCAUCCACCACUGCGAGUCCGUCCUCAGCAUCUGGAGCAGUGGCUUCUACAGCAACAAGAGCAUUGCACUUAUCAUGACCCAAUCCCGAUUUGAGAAGAUCCUGAAGUACUUCCAUGUCGUGGCCUUCCGUUCCAGCCAGACAACCCACAGCCUCUACAAAAUCCAACCUUUUCUGGACUCUCUGCAGAAUGGCUUUGACUCCGCUUUCCGACCGUCGCAAGCCCAGGUGCUACACGAGCCCCUGAUUGAUGAGGAUCCUGUUUUCAUUGCCACCUGCACGGAGAGGGAGCUGCGGAAGAGGAAAAAGAGGAAAUUCAGUCUUUGGGUUCGGCAGUGCUCAUCCACUGGUUUCAUCUGCCAGAUUUAUGUCCAUCUCAGAGAAGGGAGUGGUGCUGAUGGGCUGGAUGCUCUGAAGAACAAACCACAGCUCCAUAGUAUGGUGGCCAAAAACCUUUGUCAGAAUGCCUCUGGGAAGAACUACAUCAUCUUCACUGGCCCAAGCAUUACCAGCCUGAACCUCUUUGAAGAGUUUGAGAAGCAAGGGAUUUACUGCUGUGGGUUGCUGAGUGCCAGGAAGAGUGACUGCACAGGUCUACCUCCAUCCAUGCUCAACAACCCUGAAACUCCCCAGUCCAGAGGACAGUACAGGAUAAGAAUGAAGGGAAACAUGUCCUUGAUCUGCUGGUACAAUAAAGGACAUUUUCGUUUUCUGACCAAUGCCUAUUCACCAGUUCAACAAGGAGUUAUAAUUAAGAGGAAAAGUGGAGAAAUUCCAUGCCCCUUGGCAGUUGAAGCCUUUGCUGCUCACCUCAGCUAUAUCUGCAAAUAUGAUGAUAAAUACAGCAAGUAUUUCAUUUCCCACAAACCAAACAAGACCUGGCAACAAGUGUUCUGGUUUGCCAUCAGCAUCGCCAUAAACAACGCCUACAUCCUCUACAAAAUGUCAGAUGCCUACCAUGUGACAAGGUAUAGCCGUGCACAGUUUGGGGAAAGACUUGUAAAGGAGCUUCUGGGCUUGGAAGACACCUCACCCUCCCAUUGAUGCAUUCUUCUUGGUGGCCUAAGCAGGGGAUGGAGGGGGAGCAGAAGAAGAAGAAGAAGAAACCACACCUGGAAUGGCAAAGCAAGGAACUUGUGACACCACCCGUGCUGUCCUUCCCCAGAAAUGCCAAGUGAUGCUACUAGAAAGGGGGGGAAACUUUGUUCCAAUAGUAGCUGGAUGUAAACUUCCCUCCAGAAAGUGCUACUGGAAAAGCUGACACACACAAAAAAAUAAUCAUAGAAUCCUAGAAUGGUUUGGGUUGGAGGGGACCUUAAAGAUCAUCUCGUUCUGACCCCCCCUGCAUGGGAAUGCCCAGUGGGCACCUGUACACCAGAAACAGACUUCAAUUAUUCAUCUCCCAAUACUCUCUGUGGAACAAAACCACCCAAGGGUCAUCUUGUAAAGUUCCCCUGGGGCUAAGGGCUUGUCAGAAGCUGGCAUAGCUCAGCAGUCUUAGGUGGGCAUUACAGAAAACUCUCUCCCUUCCUUGGAGUUGGUUUAAUUCUGGCAAUUCUGGGACAAGGAAGGUGAGUGUGCAGCAUGGGCUGGGGAUGCCACCUCUGCUCUCCUCCCAGUGUGCUGAUGGAAGCUGGUUAGAUCCACCACCACCACCACUGAAGCAAGUGUGUUGACAAAAAAAACCUUCACAGGCAAGCAGCCAGCAACUGAGGACCAGUUAAGACUUUUUCUUGCCAUAUUUUUCCCCCCUUCUUUGUUUUUAUUGUCAUGGAAGGCAGUUUGAUCCCAGGUAGAAUGCAGCAAAAUUAGGAGAAACCAAAUAAUUCAGUGAAUUUAAAUUGGGAACACAUGGGAUGGAUUUUUUUUUUUCUUUUUUAACCAGGAUGAAACAUUUUAUACACAAAUAAACAGUGAGUAAUACUGUAAGAAUUAAUUAGCAGUGAGUAAACCAGUCAGUGAUACUGCCUCACAUCUUUACUGCCAUGCUCAGUGUACAGGUGAAAAAUCAGAGCAUAACAAU